CAAAAAUAAUUCGGUGCAACAAUGCCCUUGCAAUUGGUGUCUACUCUCUAUUAUGGCGGAUAUAAGUGACACAUUCAAUUCUUGGUUAACCGAUAAAUUGAAAUCGUUGAAUACCGAUGAAGUUGUGUAUGGAAAUUAUAUAAGAGCUAUAUUAGACAGUAAUGAAACGGAGGAUGAAAAAUCAGAGGCACUCGAGAGUGUCAUAGCGGGGAUAACGGAGGAGAACAUCAGCGAGCAUGUGGCGAAUAUACUUGUUGCCUACAAGAAUUUAUUCUCCAAGGAGCUGGGGCCUGACGUUCCUGAACCGACUGAGGAUGUCGAAGUGAGACUUGCCAGGAUGAUGGAGUCACAGAGUUUGCCAACGACGACUCAGCGAAGCUACACUGCUGAGGAAUUGAAAAUUCGUGAGGCCAUACUCUCCCAGUAUUCGCAGAUGUCUGAUGGUGAGGAGGAGGAAGGCGAUGGUGAGGAUGAUGGUGUUGCUUCUGGAAAGCCUGAUUGUGGUAUUGAGAAGAAUACAAAUGCUGCCGCUAUUGUCCAACAGCAGAGGGAGAUGAGGGAGAAGGCAAAGCUUGAUAGUCAGAAGAAAAAGGAGAAGGAUAAAGAGGAUCGGGAGAAACAAAAACAGAUGAAAGAGGAGAAGAAAGAGAAACGUAAGACAACAAAGGGCGAACGCAGGAGGUAGCAUGGUGACAAAUGAAGUGAAAUUUGAAAACUCGAUUACCCCUAGAAACUUGAUAAAUUCCCUCAGAACUCAUAGAAAUAACUUAUUUGAUCUGCAUGUCAUUUAAAUCCCCAUGGGAGCAAUACUGUCGAUAGCGAUCUCAUCGAAUCCCAAAGCGCGAAUAGAUGUCUAUGAUUCAAACACGAUUGUAUAUUCCGCAUUUGUUUGUUUUUAAUAAAGAUAAUUCUGUCUUACGAA